AUGGCACAGCCAUUGCUUAUUCGUUAUGUUGUUCUCUACAUUAAAGGUCAAUCAGGAUUACCUACCUACGCUGGUUAUCUAUUCGCAGUUGCUCUUUGCAUUUCUCAAAUUCUACAAGCAAUGAUUCAUCAGCAAAUCUUCUUUCGAAAUGCUCGCAUAGGUAUGCGAGUUCGCAAUACAUUAUCAUCUAUCAUCUAUAAGCACUUGUUGACCAUCAAUACUGCAGCUCUUCACAAGACUACUCCUGCUCAGAUCAUUAAUUUAGUAGCAAAUGAUGUCGGUAAAUUUGAACAAUUGAGUAGCUUCGUGCAUACUUUAGUUCUAGUACCUUUGGAGGCUCUUGUAACGUUUGGUUUCCUUUGGUGGUACAUUGGCUUACCAACAUUAUUUGGCUAUGGAGUACUGAUUUUAUUAGUACCUAUACAGUUCGUUUUCAGUAGACAAUUUAGCCGAUACCGAAAGACUACAAUGGCAUGUACAGACAGGCGUGUACAAACGAUCAAUGAACUUAUCAACGGAUGUCAAAUUAUUAAAAUGUACAAUUGGGAAAAAGCCAUGGAACAACGAGUACGUGAGAUACGUCGACGUGAACUAUCAAACAUUUACAAAGCGAGCUGCUUAAGAGCUUUUAACACUGCUCUCUCUUUCGCAACGUUACCUUUGAUUUCUCUUGCUACAUUCGGUGGUAGUUGGUUAAUGGGUCGAAAUUUGCUUCCAGAAAAUAUAUUCUCAACACUAGCUUUCUUCGUCAUGGUUCGAGUUCCAGUGACAAUUGCGAUGCCACAAGCGAUUGAAAAAUUUAGUGAAGCUCGUGUUUCUGCAAGAAGGAUCAAUCAAUUUAUGCAACUUGAUAUGCUGUUGAAUAAGCAUGAAAAAGUGGAAAAGAACAACGAAGAUGAUGCAAUCAUAAUGGAAGAUGCAUCAUUUUCUUGGAAAGAUACCCCUUCUUUGUUCUCUCUUAAUCUCAAAACCAGAAGAGGUGACUUGAUCGGAGUGAAAGGUGCUAUCGGUGCUGGCAAAUCAACGCUACUAGCUGCUAUUCUUGGUGAGAUCAAUCUUAUCAGUGGACAGCUGAGACUAUAUAUUAAUUCGAUUUCCUACGCCCCACAAUCGGCAUGGAUCUUUACUGACACUAUUCGAGCCAAUAUUCUUCUCGGCAAGCCAAUGGAUGAAGAACGUUACAAGCAUGUAAUCAAGGCAUGUUGUCUUGAUAUCGAUCUACAGAGUUUCGGUGAAGUCGGCGAUCUAUUGAUCGUUGGCGACAAAGGUGUCAAUUUGAGUGGGGGACAAAAAGCUCGAAUAUCGCUCGCUCGUGCUCUUUACGCUGAUGCUGACUUAUAUUUACUCGACGAUCCACUUGCUGCCGUGGAUCCCAAGGUGGCCAAUACCAUUUUUGAUCAAUGCAUUGGUCCUCGUAGUCUCCUUCGUGGAAAGACUCGGAUAUUAGUUACACACCAGACACAUUUUUUAGUUGAAACAGAUCAAACGAUUCUCUUAACGAAUGGUCACAUUGAAGAAUUAUAUAUUAAACAACAGCCUGUAAUUGAGCGAUCGAAUAAUACAUUAGAAACAGAUUCAUCUAAUGACGAGGAGACGGAUUGGAUACCUAGUAUUGCUGUAACUGAUAUGAAUUCGAUUGUAAAGAGCGAGGCAAUAGUUGAUGGUACUAUCAAAUGGAGUGUUUGGCUACAGAUAUUUACUUCACCACCUUUACGUUGGUUUGGCUUUCUUCUUAUGAUAAUUAUUAUGCUUGCUAACGAAGCUAUGUACGAUUUUACAAAUAAUUGGCUCGCCUUGUGGUCUGGUAAAGAUGAAAAUGAACAACGAUCACCACUUUAUGCUUACAUCUAUCUUGGAGCUGUAUUUGCUACACUGAUCGUUGCAUUAAUACGUACUGGUUAUAUCUUCUAUAUUAUGCUGCGUGGUUCAACCUAUUUUCACAAUCGAAUGCUCAAAGGUAUCCUAUAUACUUCGUUACGUUUCUUUGAAAGUAAUCCAAGUGGACGAAUAUUGAAUCGAGCAAGCAAGGACCAACAAGUGUUAGACGAAUCGCUGCCUUUGGCUUUAAUCGACACUAUGCAGUAUUUACUAAUGACUCUAGGUUCUAUUACAAUCAUUGGAAUGACCAACCCUUGGGUGCUUCUAAUUCUCAUUCCACUGGUUUCCAUAGUUUUGUGGCUUCGUAGAUUUUACUUGCGUUCGAGUCGUCAACUUAAACGGCUUGAAAAUGUAACGCGUAGUCCAAUUUAUGCAUUAUUCUCAUCGUCAUUAGAUGGACUCACUAGUAUUCGUGCCUUUAAUGUCCAAGGAGAUUUUUUGAAUAUGUUCAUGGAAAGAAUUGAUACUAAUUCACGAGCAUACUUCAUUCUCUUUGCCACUGCACGUUGGUUUGGUUUACGACUCGAUCUUGUGGCAUCCUUACUCACUUUGGUUACUGCUAUUCUUGCAGUAGUGUUGCGCCAUCGAAUCGAUCCGUCGGCAGCAGCACUCAGUAUCAGCUAUUGUAUCACUUUGACAGGUCUUUUUCAAUGGUCUAUACGGCAAUCGGCUGAAGCUGAAAAUUUCAUGACUAGUGCAGAACGUAUUCAUGAAUAUGGUCAACUUGUACCAGAAAGCCUAUGGAACAGUAAUGAGGACGUUGUUCCUAUUCAACCAGCAAAUGAUUGGCCUUCUUAUGGUAUUAUCGAAUUUAAAGACUACACUUUUCGCUAUCGACCAGAACUUGAUCCGGUACUCAAAAAUCUUAAUCUACGAAUUGAGUCUAAGGAAAAGAUUGGAGUUAUUGGUCGGACAGGUAUGAGCGCUUUACUUUGGACAAUCUAUAUCAAGAGCAUUCCUAAUGAGAAGAAAGAAACUCGAUCAGAAACGGAUACAUGA